AUGGGUGUGGUGUUCACUUGGGUUCAUAUAAAAAGCACUUCUAAGAAGCAGGAGCUUAGGUUCGUACACAGCUCAAGAAAUCUGUUUUUUAUCACUCACAUUCUCUUUCUGAUUCAGGCACUGAGAGAACUGGCCAAAAAGCAUCCAAGUGUUGUCACCCUUGUGCAACUUGGUAUAUGUGCAUUUGUCUUUUGUUUUGGACUACAUUUUACAUUACAACAGUUUUUAAUUUUUGAAAUAACAUAUAGCUUUUUCCUGCUACUAUUAGAUGUAGCUGAUCAAUGCAGUAUCAAAGAGUCUGCCAAAAAAGUGGGUUCUCUACUGGGAAAGAAUGGCUUGAACCUGCUUGUGAAUAAUGCUGCUGUUACCACACAAAAAAACCAUGAUGACCGCCACUUUCUUGCAGCGUCUGAAACUCUAGAUGCUGUUAAUGUCUUUAAUCAGGAGUACCUGCCGUAUCUGAGUGCAGCAACUAAAGCCAAGGGCAGACCAGGGAUGUCAUGUAAUAAAGCAGCUGUGAUUAACAUAUCCACAGAUUCAGCAUCUAUGAGCAUCAUGCCAGUAAUGAAAGAGCCAUUCCCACUUUUCCCAUACAGCAUCAGCAAGGCAGAUGAGAUCCUCUGCAUUUCUAUUCACCCAGGAUGGAUGAGGACGGACAUGGGGGGAGAUGAGGCGUCCAUUGAUGUCAGAGAAAGUGUGGAGGGGAUGCUGUGUGUCAUUGGCAGCCUUCCUGAGAAGCAGAACGGUGCAUUCUUAGACUACACUGGAAAAACAAUGCCCUGGUAAACCAGAGAAAAAUCAAAAAAACUCUUAAAAGAGGAACUUUAUCAAAGGGCUGAUCCAGAUGACCUAUUUUAACCAAUAUAAAUAAAAUAAGCACAGUCAUUAAUGUUUAUGACAUGUUAAACUUCAUUCUCUGUGUUCAAUACAAUAAAACAAACAAUACCACAAUAUUGUGUCUACACUGGAAAAACAAUGCCCUGGUAAACCAAAAAAAAAAGUUCAUCAAAGGGCUGAUCCAGAUGACCUAUUUUACCUAUUAUAAAUAAAGUUAUAAGUCAUUAAUGUUUGACAUGUUCAACUUAAU